AUGCAGCGAAUGAUCCGCCAGUUCGCUGCCGAAUAUACCUCAAAAACUACUCAGGACGACUCGCCCCCGCCCAACGGCGCCAUGAAGGACCAAAGCCUGCCGAGAGCGGCGUCUCUGCUGGCGGCCCCGUGAGGAGGAGGAGGUACGGCUGCUGCCUCUGCACAGAAUCCCGUCCUCAGCAAGCUUCUCAUGACCGACCAGGACGGCCCGCUGGACCUCUCCGUCAAAAAGAGCGAGGCCGACCCAGACCCCAGCCAGCAGGACGGCGUCCUGGACCUCUCCACCAAGAAGAACCAGAGUGCAGGGAACCACAAAACCUUCCCCGGCUUCUCCCCUGAGCCCGGGGUCAAAGGACAUUCUAUCAAAGCUGAACAAACCCUGCCAGAGGUGGACGAGGACGGCCUGCUGCAGAGAAGCUUGCAGGACGGACUGAGGGAGAACUAUGUCAACUCCAACUCCUUCAAGCCGCCGUUGGCCCGCUCGCUGCGUAUCAAGGAAGAGCUCCUCAGCCAGAAGCAUCGCCUCCUGAGCCAGCCUGCUGCUCUUUCGUUGGCUAAUCUAGAGUCGGCCGGCUUGCUCAAUCAUGCGCAGUCCUACUCCUUGCUCGGCCAGAAGGGCUCUUCCUCUUUCUGGGGGAGCAAGGCCCACCUCGAAGGCCUGAUGAAGCUAAAGCAGGCCAGUGGAGCUCUGAGCGGGGCCCUCAGCGACCUCAAAGACCUGCCUACAUUCCUGGAGAAUCACCACAACCACCACGGAGCCUUCUCCUUCAAAAGUUCCCUCCACCAUCACUACCACAAUCAGGUCUCCAAGGCCCAACACCGCCACAAUGAGGGCAAGAGGGACCAGGGUCACUCACCUCCUGUCGACCUAAAGAUCCCUCAAGUUCGGGGUAUGGAUCUCUCUUGGGACUCCCAUGCUGCUGAGCUGUACGGCUACGGCGCCAUGGGGGUCGGUGCGGAGAACAACCUGAACCGGAAGCUGAGAGCCAUCCUGCCCAAGCAGAACCGCCGGGGAGGAAGCCUUGGAAGCCUGCUGGAUGGGGCAGCCGACUACUGGAGCUCUGACUUGGACCACUCCGGCUCCGGGCCAGCGUACUCCACCUCCGACGCGGAAGGGGACCCAAACUCCAAGCAACCGAGGAAGAAGAGGGGCCGCUAUCGCCAGUACAACACCGAGAUCCUGGAGGAGGCCAUAACGGUAGUGAUGAACGGGAAGAUGAGUGUGUCCAAGGCUCAGAACAUGUACGGGAUCCCGCACAGCACCCUGGAGUACAAGGUCAAGGAGCGCUUGGGAACCCUGAAGAACCCCCCAAAGAAGAAGCUCAAGCUGAUGAUGAAGAUGGAAGCAGGAGGCCAGGAUUUUCCCCUCGCGGAGUCAGAGAACACGCCGACCGCAACCCCGCGAGACGACGGCCCGCCACUGGCAGCCGGCGAGCUCAAGGACAAUGUAAAAGAGGAGAUUGAUGACAAUUUCAAACCAAUCGACUAA